AUGUAUCUGCAGCUGGGUCCAAAACAACUCCCAGAGAGCACGCAAGGUCACAUGAACGAGCACAGCUCAACACAAGCCCACCGUAAAGGUACAUUUGAAGAGAAGAACAUGGCAGAGUCUGCUGGUGGUCCCAGGGUAACCUCAACCAUCUGCCUGCGAGACAUCUACGAUCCCAGGAAACAACCUUCUAAAGCUCCUGUCCCGAUCCGCCCCCCUGCCCCAAGACUUUCCUCCAUACAGGAACGAGAUUUGGAGGAGCACCUUCCCAGUGACACUCCAAUAAGCGCGAUCAGGAGGAAACGAGCUCAGUCCCUUUCUACAUGUUCGGACACAAAAAGGGAGCUACGGCGAGGUCGUGUACGUUUUGUGGAUGCGCUGGGUCUGGAUUUGGAAGAAGUUAAGGUAUUCCGAGUUCAAGAGCACCUCCUGAUACCCCAACACGUUAUGUUUCGACUGAUGAUGAGCUCUGAGCUAACGUUUGGAAAGUCAGUGGAGCUAAGCCUGCCUUAUUUCAAGCCCUGUUUCCCUGAAAACCUGGGGGCGCGGCCAGACUUCCUGAAGCGUCUCCAUGCUCAGAGAGUGUGCGUGGAUCGGGUGAUGUGUUCAGAGCACGGCAUCAUGGGCACCGUGCAGGUGCUCAACCUGGCUUAUGAGAAAGUGGUGACAGUGCACUACUCCUUCACCAACUGGAGGACACACACAGACACAGCAGCCUCCUGGGUGUCGGCCGGGCAUCCCGAGGGGUGUGCUGCCUCGGACACAGACCUGUUCAGGUUUCAUCUGCCUGUCCCACCCUUCAUAUUGCAGCCAGGAGCCAUCUUGGAAUUUGCCGUCUGCUACUCCGUCAAAGGAUGUGACUACUGGGACAACAACAACGGCAACAAUUACAAACUUUCAUGCCACAGCUACAAGGUGAUGGUGCCAAAGGAAUGCGAGGACAGCAUGCUGCACUUCACCUGA